AUGGCGGCGCGCGGAGGUGACGUCCAGCAUUACCGAUUGCAAAAUCCUUUUGCUCCGCCACCAGUGAACACUGUGUGUGAAGUCUGUGGAGAUGUUGGUUACAGACAACUUCUGCUAUGUUGCAGAGACUGCAAGCAUUGUGCUGUGCACCAAUACUGUUUGGACAAAGUUGUCUUCGAUGCAUCGUUAAUAGAAUGGUUCUGUUAUGAAUGCCUACAAAGGCGUGGUGAAGUUACUUGUGUCAGUUCUCUAGAGAAGGUGUCAAGUGAAAGGCCAACAAGUCAUGCUCAUUCUCGUUCUCCAGUACAUCAGCUAAUUACCAAGAGUGUGGAGUCAAGCAACCACAGCAAGAACCAGCAGGUGGACCAUGAAAACCCUGUUGCAUUGAACACUGAGCAGCCUUGUCCUUUGACUGUGAAUAGCUUGGGUAAAUUGGGUGAUAAUCACCAGUCUCACCUCUUAGAAACAACAGAAGGGUUGGCUAGCAAAUUGAAGAAAGUCCCACAAUCACUCACAGCACCAUUCAAAGGAUUAGAGAAGAGAGAGAAUGUGGUUUUAGGAUCAAAUAAUUUAGGGUCAUCAUGUUCCACAGCUGACCUUGGAAACUCGGUUCUUGGAAAAAGUGGAGACAAAUCGAAUAGAAUGAAGGAUAGUGGUGCAAACUUGUCUUCCAAACACACUGAUCAUGACAAUCAGACAAAUCAACACACUUCAGAUGGCUGCAAGAAUAUGGAAGGCAAGUCUGUAAAGGCUAAAAAAACUGUGGUUGAUGCACAUAAAAAAACGUUUUGGACAGUGGACUCACUGAGAAACGACAAGGACAAGUCUGAAGCACAUGGUGAUAGUAACAAGGAUAUCUUAAAUGGCUUCACACCAGGAAGAGACAAGGAAGAGGUCACACUCCAGCUGGAUCAUAGGGCUAGCAAUGAGUUGCUGCCAAGAAGCAUGGCCACCAAUGUACCACAGCUGCCCACUCUGCAAAACGAUGUUGUGGACACAGUCAUGCCAUAUUCACCCAAUGAUGGUUGUGAGGAAUUAUUUUCCUGCCCUGGCAUAAAAAACAUCUCAAGUGUUCGAGAAAGAAGUGUAGAUCCCAUUAAUAUUUCAAGCAGUUCUCAUGAUACCAUAGAAGCAUCCGAAAGCAGUGAAAGAUUCAGGGAAUGCCAAAAGGCUAGCUCCUGUCGUCACCGGAAAAUUGUGAAGAUGGCUAUGGCGUCCUCAUCAUCUGAGGAGUCAGGAGAAGACAUUCUCUCUGAAAACGUAUCCUUGGAAUAUGUUUUGGCAUAUAGAUGUUAUCUAUCUAAAGCACAAAAGAAGAGAGUAAUGGAGCUUAUUCAGGAAAUUCAACCUGAAUUCACAAUUUUUAUAUCAAUAAUGCGGAAGGGCAAUGUGCAACCCCCGGGUCCUUUUCUGGGAAUUACCAGGGAUUAUGCAAGUGCACAUUUCCCAGAUGAAAGCACAAAUGUCACUCUUGAGGUGCCUGGCAAGAGCAAGAAGUGGCAUCCCAAAUUCUACAAAAGAGCUGAAAGUAGAAACUACAUGCUUAUAGGACAGUGGCUAGACUUUGUCCGUGAGAAUCAUGUGCAGGAGGGAGAUAUCUGCCUCCUUGUACCCGACAAAAGAUGA